AUGCCCGAGCCUGCUAACCUCCUGCCCUACGCUAGGGCCAGCGAUGUCGAGACGGCGGCGCCGAUCGGCCUGUCAUGGGCGCCCAAGCUUCCUUCAUUUGCAACGACCAGCAGCAGCAAGAGCGACCAGGCGCCGAAUCCGAGCACCGCGCAGGGGUCGCUCUGGAAGCCCGCGAGCGAACUCGUGGACGGGUUGUUCGUGCCCCCGAGGGACCCUAGGCAGCUGAAUAAGCUGGCCAGGAAGAACGUCAAGGACACCACUGGCAAGGGCUGGUUCGACAUGCCAGCGCCGACCAUCACUCCCGAGUUGAAGAAGGAUCUAGAGAUUUUGCAGCUGAGGCAUGUAAUUGACCCAAAAAGGCACUUCAAGCGGGCAGGAAAGUCCAAGGCCCUUCCCAAGUACUUCCAAGUCGGUAUGGUUGUUGAGCCUGCAUCUGAGUUCUACUCAAGUAGGCUGAAAAAUAGGGAACGCAAGGCAACAUUGGUCGACGAGCUGUUAUCAGAUCAAUCUCUUAAGAGCUACAGGAUGCGCAAGGUACGUGAAAUUCAGGAGAUCCGUACACCAGGAGGCAACCAAAAGUGGAAGAACAAGGGCACAAAAACACUUAAGAGGGCGAAGGAUAGGAGAAAAUGA